AUGGAAUGUGAAAAUCAAACGUCAUUGACUGAGUUUAUCCUCAUUGGGCUUCCCCACCCCCGUGAUCUAAGGGGCCCUUUAUUCAUCUUCUUCCUGCUUGUCUAUUUGUUGACGCUCUCGGGAAAUCUUGUGAUCCUGUUGGCUGUGCUGCUCAGUUCCCAGCUCCACAAGCCCAUGUACUGGUUCCUUUGCCACUUGUCCUUCUUGGACGUGACCGUCUCUUCGGUGGUGGUUCCCAAAAUCAUUACCGGGUUUUUGGAGAAUGGUGGGAUCAUCUCCUUUGGUGGCUGCAUGUCCCAGCUUUUCUUCUUCCACUUCCUGGGCUGUACCGAGUGCUUCCUCUACACCGUGAUGGCCUACGACCGCUUCCUGGCUAUCUGCAAACCGCUCCAUUAUGCCACCAUCAUGAACCGUAGGAUGUGCCUUUCCCUCGCUGUGGGCACGUGGUUGGGUGGCUGCCUUCACUCAUUGAUGGAGACGGCCCUUGUUUUCCGCCUGCCCUUUGGGUGGAGAAACCAAGUGAACUAUAUCUUCUGUGAUAUCCCAGCUGUGCUGAAAUUAGUCUGUGCCGACACUGCACUCAACGAGACGGUGACCAUGGUCGAUGUUGGCCUGGUAGCUACAACCUGCUUCUUUCUCAUACUGACUUCGUAUGUGUAUAUUGUGUCCACUGUCCUGAAAAUACGCAGCGCAGAAGGGCGCCAAAGGGCUUUCUCCACCUGCACAGCCCACGUGACCCUAGUGGUGACUUACUACAUUCCACUCAUCUUCAUCUACCUGAGGCCAGGAUCCCAGGGGCCGCUGGAUGGGAUGGUGGCCGUGUUCUACACUUCUCUGACUCCACUUCUGAACCCCAUCAUUUAUACACUGAGGAACAAGGACAUAAAAAUUGCCUUGAGGAGACUGUCCAGUAGGACACCCUAG